UCGAAUGGCAAGAUGGCGACAUACAAGGGUGGGAAAGGCCAGAGAGGUGGGGACUAUAGGAAGCGUGAACCGUGGAUUGGUCAAAGGGAAUAUGGCAAGUCAGGAAGCUCUAGUCCUGUCCAAAGACGAAGCAACUCACCCAGGCAUUUUCGGCCGGAUCAUAAAGAUCACAGAGAUGCAAGCAAGAUGUGUGCCCAUUACUUGAACAAAGCUUGGAGAGAAGUGGAACAAGAUUUGAAAAAAGAUCAAAAUAUCACUGGCACUGUCGAAUAUGUUGCAAAAACCCCCACAGAUAUAAAAGAUGAAGAACUAUGCAAAGUUCAUUUUGAACCCAAAAACAGAGAAGAGAAACCAGCCUCCCCUGACUAGCUGGCAAAACAUUUCCCAUUUCAAAAACCCAGAAAAACAAAACCGUAGCCCAGUGCUAUUGCACAAACAUGAUCAAUGGAUUAUCUGCGACUUUUUUAACAAGACAGUAAUGCAUUGAGACAGAUGUUUUCAAAAGGAAUGGUGGAUAGCCUCCUUCAAAAGGUCCACAUCAUCACAGAUAUUAAUAUAGAGGUUCUGGAUAGUGCUUUCCACUGGAAUGUUUUUUUGGGGGGAGUUGUUUAAUAAUUUUCUAAUUUGUUGGGUUAAUGUUUGCAGUUGUAUUGUUUAUUUAAACAUUAAUCAUAAUCUGGUGAGUAGCACUAUCCAGCCUCCUCCCUACAACCAGUCCUUGUUUCACUCGUCUCAUCGUGAAGGAACAGAUUUUAAAACCUUCAAUAUUAUCAUUGGUAAUUUUUUGUAUGUCAGUCAGUCAGUCAUAAUGAGAAUUAGGUCAGUUAACUUUGCCAUUUCAAUGCACCAAAUCCUCCAGCGAUUUCAAAAAAGUUUAAAAAAAGACAAGCAAAGCUUAAGUGGAUG